GAUUCUGGACGUUAAUAUUUACAACAGCAGGUCCCAAAGCGUGUAGGUUAAAGAAACGAUUUUCCUCUUUGGAUUGCAAACAUACUUAUUUGUGACGAAAACUUUUUGUCAUUCUGUACAUAAUACAAAGCUUUAUCUGCAAAGGUUGUGCAGAUAUUAGUGUCAUCGUGAUCAGCUUAUCAUGGUUCUGGAAUAUAAGUAUAAGCUCAGAUUCGUCGUUUGGACUGCCGUGUUGAUGGUCUAUAUAUAUAUAUAUAUAGGAGCCUUUCUACAAUAGGUUAUUUAGUUUAGCUGUUCAGCUUGUUCAGUUCAGCUGUUCAGUCGUGCCUUGUUCAAAACGUAUAUACUACGUUUUGAACAAGACACGACUGAACAGCUGAACUGAACGAGCGGAACAGCUGAACUGAACCUAUUGUAGAAAGGCUCCUGUAUAUGUGCUACAGUCCGUUAUCUAUAUUAGUACAGCCAAUGUUAUGUAUAUAUAGGUAUACAGCGUACAAUAUAAGAUAAACGUAUAUGUAUACAAGUACUAUAUAUUUAUAAAAUUACAAUGCGUAUAUAUGUAUAUAUAGGUAUAAUAGCGCUUCGUUGCUAGUCUAUGAGAUUAGGUUAGGCCAGUAAAUUGUGUUGAUCUUGAUUGUGUAUUUUUCGCGUGUCUAAGUAUAACUAUAUAUAGGUUAUAUUCAACUUGGAGAGAGAUUUCAUACAUGCAGGAUACUUAAAACAUCAUUGAAAAUGAGAGUUUUAGAGUUAUAUAGUGGUAUUGGUGGAAUGCAUUAUGCUCUGCAAGAAAGCAGUGUAACAGGAAAAAUCAUUACUUCAAUCGAUAUAAACACCACAGCCAAUAAAGUGUACAGGCAUAAUUUUCCAGAGACUGCCAACAUUAGUCGCAACAUUGAAUCUGUUACUGUAGAGGAAAUUGCAAAGCUACACAUUGAUUGCAUCCUCAUGAGUCCACCUUGCCAACCAUUUACGAGAAUAGGUUUAAAAAAAGAUUCCGACGACAACAGAUGCUUGUCAUUGUUACAUAUUUUGCAGAUUAUUCCUCACAUUGAAUCUCUAGAUUAUAUUCUUUUGGAAAAUGUGAAAGGUUUUGAAAGUUCACAGGCAAGGAAUGAAGUAAUACUAUGCUUGGAGAAAUCUGGGUUCAAUUACAAAGAAUUAAUACUCAGUCCGUGUCAAUUUGGCAUACCAAAUUCAAGACACAGAUACUACUUGAUAGCUAAGAGAAAAGGACUAAAGUUUAUAUUCGAUGAUGCUUCUUUGAUAACUUCAAUCCCUGAAAAAGUGUUAGAACUGUUGCCUAAAAAUAGAUACACGUCAGUGCCACUCGAAGACGGGACACAUAGCUCGAUUAAGAGUAAAGGCAAAUGCUUUAAAUUAAAAUAUAUAUUAGAAAGCAAUGUUGUUGAAAACUUUUUGAUUCCUGGUAAAAUACUUUUAAAACGAGGUAGUCUAUUAGAUAUCCGAACACCAGAAUCAAGCGGUUCAUGUUGUUUCACAAAAGCUUAUAGUCAUUACGUUGAAGGUACAGGAUCAGUUUUCUCUCCAUCUCCAGAUUUUGAAAUUAAAAAAAAAUUUGAAGAAAUUAAUAAGAGUAGUGAAACACCAGAAGAUAAGAUGCAAGCUUUGCUUGGUUUGAAACUCAGAUACUUCACACCCAAAGAAGUAUCGAGACUUAUGUGUUUUCCGGAAAAUUUUGAAUUUCCCAACGAUUUGAGUAACAAACAAAAAUACAGAUUACUGGGUAACUCAAUAAACGUUCAUGUAGUAAGCCAAUUGAUAUAUUUAUUGUAUUUUGAGAAUAGCGUGUCAUUGACAUAACAACUACAUCAGCGGCAAGAGUUUUGUAUAAAAUACCUGUAAUAUACAAUGUUAUAACUUAUUUUUACAAAUAAUUUUACCUUAAAAUAUAGAAAAUUUUCAAAAAGCCUAAAAAAAA